UUCCUUACUGUACACGUGUCCACAGGGGUAUGCCUUAUAAUCAGCGAGAGCUCCGGAAAUACCGCAACCAUAGGAGGACCCAACGAGAACGGGAGUUACGAUUAUAGUCUCUUCCAGGUCAGUCUAACAUCAGAGCAGUUUCAGUUAUGUAUCCAUCGUUUUGAGGCAUGGAACGGCUGGAAAAACAAGUUCAAAGGUAAAAUUCUACCUGACGUCACCCCCUGCUGAGUAAACAGACGGCCGCGAUGGACUUCACAAAGGAGUCUUAGGAUGUGAACGUUUGGAUGAAUUUAUUGUAAUCAGAUUUGAAUAAUUAAAACAGACAAUGAAUUUACAUUCCUUGGCAGUUAUUGUUAACAUUAUCUACCACCAUAUCUAAUGUCCGUUUAAGAACAUUUAAUGGUUCUGAUGAUACAUACAAAAGGCAGCUAUAUUAUUUAUAUAUG